CACGCACUCCAGGUAUGCGCUCUUCGACACCUAAAUGAAUUGAUGCUGAUCAUUGUAGCUCGCAAGUCUGAACGCCUCGCGGCUCUCUGUCCGUGCCACGACCCGCCGGAGCCGUCGCCGCAUGAGCCAGCUUGGAGGAGGCUCGGUCUUCGCCUUAAGAACGAGGACGACGAAGCCUCCUCUCCAAGUCAAACUCCAGUUCAGGAACCCCAUAGGGCCGAGGAAGCCCAGGAUACCUCUACAGAAAAAAGACAGUCCGACAUCCCGAUAAUCGUUCUGGACGAUUCUGAUGAUGGAGUCACAGCCGAUGAUGAUGAGCUCACAGCAACUACUUCAAUCCAAGACAGCUUACCUGAGACUCGAGCAACCUCUGUGACGCAGAACUCUGGAGAUGAUGCCCUGGAUGUGGCCGCUAUGCGCGGCAGACUACGAGCGCGGAAGAGGAUCUCGUACUUUGGGAUGAACCUGGGACCUGACCUAAAUGACUCCGAAGCAACUCAUGAAGAUUCAGAUUCCGAGCUUUCAACAGAGGUACCAGUACCAGUACCCGUACCAGCCCUCGCUGGUCACCGACGACGCCGCCAGGCUAGUGCCAGGAACGAUCCAAAAAGGAGCGAUGCCAUUGAUACGUCUCUCCCCCCGGUCAACAAUGUCGAAGAUUGCGUGUUAGACAUGUGUUCCAAAGCCCUCGGGAAGGGUUUGGAAGAAGCUCUCGAGAGAUUUGCCGGUCGGCAGAUUAACGUUGCGACAAUGAUGUCGGGAACUGAAUCGCCUGUCAUCUUCAUGCAGCUUUUGUCGAACAGCCUUCAAACGCUCGGGAAGGAACCAGUUCACAUCAAUCAUGUCUUCAGUGCAGAGAUAGACGCUAUGAAGCAGGCAUUCAUCGAGAGAAAUUUCCGCCCCUCGAUACUGUUCAGGGACGCACGAGAAUUUAUUGCCGACAAUACACAUACAGCCUUCACCGCUUACGGCGCCGAGGUUCCAAUCCCCGGCUUUCUUGACAUACUCAUCGCCGGGUUCGUGUGCAAGGACAUAUCGAGACUCAACAACAAUCGCAAGGGUCUAGAUGACAAUGGCGAGUCGGGAGAUACCUGGAGAGCUAUCUACAGCUACUGUAAACGCUUUCGCCCCAGCAUCGUUCUGCUAGAGAACGUCACAGGUUUGAAAGAGUACUGGAACAGCUUCGUAUCCAAAUGGAACGACAUCGGCUACGAUUGCGCCUGGAUGAUUGCAGAUACCAAGGACUACUACAUCCCGCAGACCCGCAACCGGAUGUACAUGAUCGCAGUUAACCGAGAGCACUGCAGCUCCUCAGAUGAUUGCGCACGUACUGUGCGAGAAUGGCAACAAUUAAUGAAACAUUUUGAGCGCCCAUGCAGCAGUUCCUUUGACCAAUUUCUGCCAGAGACUGCCUUUGAACGCACCGAGCACAAGAGCCUUAGCUCAGAACCCGAUUGGCCCUUAUGCCGUCUCAGAUAUGCCCAAAUCCGUUCUGAAGAGCACCUGGGUCUCCGCCGCCCUUUCACCCAAUGGAGUGAAAACGGUUCAAUCAAACCGGUUGAUUUUGCAAAUCGGACGUUUCUCAAAUCCCAGUCAUCUCGCGUCGCGGACUGCAUCGAGAUCCAAUCUCUGCGGUCUGCGAAGACAGGAUAUGAUGCACGAUACUCCAUGGAAAUAUGGGAUGUGUCACAAAAUGUUGACCGGUUCAAAAGCACCCAAGGAAUAGUCCCUUGUAUCACACCUAACGGUAUUCCGUUCGCUACCCAUAUUCAAGAUGUUUUAAAUGGAAGGCAGUUGCUGCUGCUGCAAGGCAUGCCUGAGGGGAAACUACUCUUCGGUUCAGAAACGCAGAAAGACUGUCAAGAUCUUGCAGGAAACGCAAUGACCACUACAGUGAUUGGUGCAUCGAUCAUCUCAGCGCUCAUCGCCACCUCACGCACCGUAAACACUGUAGACCCUCCCAAAAAUGCGCACAAACUCCUUGAUUAUGUCAACGUUGUGAGCGAUUUGAUUCCUCUAGUAGUUGAAUCAAUAAUCAUAACUUAUCUCCACAAAGCUGCCGAGCUAGACCUCAAACAACUCCUUGUGGAAGCGAGACUCAGCUCAAAGCUUUGCGGGUGCGAGGGAUCACAAUUGACGUCAAAAGCCGAUAUACGUGUCUGUAAUGAGUGUGGACAUACAGCAUGUACAGGGUGCUCGGGAAACCCCCAUCAUCAAUUCAAUCCUGGUGUCGGAAGGUAUCAUCGUAUGUCGCCAGAUGCGUUUGAAAACAAAUGGCAGUCGCUACUCCCAUCCCGUCUCUGCUUCCAAGGCCGCCUAGAUCCUUCAUCCUAUCUCAAGAAUAUUCACCAAGCUCUCGCAUCCUACAUUGCCGGCAUCAAACUCUCUUCUCAGCGAUUUUAUCUUUCAAAAUUCAUCAGACAAGAGCGAUCUUGGAGCGUAAUUUACGAUUCGGAAAAAGCCACGUUAGUGCUUUCAAUCACUGAUCAUGCUGAGUGGUUGAUGACUUUUACAUGUGACAGGAACGAGCCUGGCAACAGUAAAUUAAGGGAAGCGCUUGCACAAGAUUUUAUUCGCGGUAAAGUCAGCACCGACCUUCUCAAUCCCCGCUGGGAGAUGCGAUUGCCUACAUCUGAAUUUUUCUCCAUGAAUGCCACCUCAUCUGAGCGCCGAAUUAGUUCAUGGAGAAAUCGUCUUGGUCUUGUUGAAUUUUGCGAUGAGUCUGUCCCAUUUGCACUCAAGUUCGAAAGUUCGGAAUCUUCGGGUCAACGCCUCGUCGAGCUCGGUAUCACGGGGAAUUUCACGCUGCUACCAAAUUGCGGCACAGCCAUGGAAACCCUGUACAAAUCUGAAAAUGGGGUCUACUUGUUUCUUGAUCAGAAUCCCAUCCGGUGGAGUGAGUCAAGCUUCGUAUUCUCCCGAGAUUGCCGCCGUAUGGACCAUGGGAAUAUCCGUCAAGUGCUCGCUCGCCUUGCUCCGUCAUGGCGGCCUUGGAACCAGAAAGAGGAGCGUCUUCAAGUUCAGUUGUCUGUUCACGAGGUUUGGGCGCCCAGCGCCAUAAUGCUUUGCCCGCUCGUUUCACCACUUUCUGUCGGCUUUCCCAAGGCUUCUGCUUUGUCUGCAAUCGAUCUCCGCGACUGCGGACAAACCGUCAUUGUUUCGGACAUCAAAGUCGAAAAAUCCAUGCAAUUCAAUGAGGACUCACAGACUUCUUGUAUCUUUAAUGAGCUAAGGGAAUUACCGGAAUUCAUGCAUGCUGAUUGGCAUCCAGUGGAGUACCCAGUACCACUGUCAUGCAACUGUUCGCCGACAUUUCCGCGUUUGACAUGGAGUGUUGAUGCGAAAGGGGCAACUCCGCACGAAGACCGCAGGGAGGCUGCAAUUUAUGAGUGCAACAUUAAAUCUCGACGGUCGGUUUUUAAGGUUUUGUCAUCUUGCUCUGAUACAAGUGGUGAUCUACAAGUGCAAGUCAGCAUAAAUCUGGCUUCACUAAUUCAUCGAGUCCGCGGCAAGUGGCCAAAUCGUGCGCCCCGACUCUCCUGGAGAGUUAUCAAAAAUCAUUCAAAUCGCGCUUUGAAUCAGCUCUCGAGCUUUGAACUACGUGAUACAAUCACAGAGACUCUGCAUUGUCCACCGACUGGGUUUUUGUAUGACCUGACUCAGGGCCAGAGGCGAUCUCUGACUUGGAUGGCGUCCCAAGAAUCAGGAAAUCCAGUUCUUUCUGUUUCUGAGAUUGAAGAAGAAGUUGACAGUGAGCUUCGUUGGAGAGUAGAAGCAAAAGCAGAGGUUGAUAUGACACUACGGGGUGGUGUACUAGCCGAUCUCCCCUCCUUUGGAAAAACCGUGACAACGAUCGCAUUGAUCGAGAGCGAGCUACAGAAAUGCACCCUAGAUCAAAUCGUCGCCCAGAACCGAAAAAUCAGUCCCGAAUUUCCAGCUCUCAUAGAACUUGUCUCAACUCUGGUCAUCUGCCCACCACAUAUCGUGCGCCAAUGGCGAUUGGAGUUUGAAAGCUGCCUGGGCGCAAAGCGCUGUGAGAACCUUGGGAUUAUUGCUAUUGAGACCUUCGCCGAUCUGGAGAAGAUAAGCCAUGGCGAGUUGUGUAACAGCCAUGUUGUUAUCGUGUCCUGGUCAGUUUUGGCGGACGAAAACUACAUUACUCGACUUGCACAAUUUGCCGCGAUGCCGCCCCCCGCUAGUUUUCACGGGCGCGCAUUCGAUGCCUGGCUGGACUACGCAUUGAUCCAAGUUAAAGCUCGUGUCGAGAAACAUAUCAAUCUAAAUUCAGAGGAGCUUGACCUUGCCUUUCAAUCACCGGAUUUCAAGUCAGAGACCGAACGCUUGUACAAACAGCAACUGGAACACGAAGACUUCAAGACGAUGGUGCCACUGAGAUUACAGCACGGAAAAAACUAUCAAUCCUUUGAAGCAAGCCUAUCAAUGCCAACAAAGACAAAGGAGACUAAUAACGCCCCAUUGAAGAAAUUGAAGCACGCGAAAGUAAUACCACUCCUUCAGCUGUUCAACUUCAAUCGCAUUGUCGUCGAUGAGUACCACUAUCUGCGAGAUGUCAGCAUUGACCUAUAUCCAGCUUUUGCGGCUAUUCAACGAUUAUCAGGCUACAAGCGCUGGGUACUCUCAGGCACACCUUCGAUAUCGAACUUCGAGGAUGUUCAUGACCUAUCAUUAUUCCUGGGGGCGAGGCUGGCAGCGGACACCCGAAACCCCCAAAGCGAACAAACGGAUGUUGAGAGGUUCAUCGCUCGUACAGAAGUGAAGUCGUACCAGUGGCACCAUGCACGACAUGUUCAAGCUCAAAAGUUCUUGGAUCGCUUUGCUCGACAGAAUACGCCAGAACUGAGUCAUAUCGAAUCAGUAGAGACAUUGCAACCAGUUGAACUUCACACAGGACAUUAUGCUAUAUACCUUGAGCAUUCGCAAAUCUUGGUGGCUCAUGAAAUGCAGUUGAAAAAGCAGACCAAGUUCGGCGACCGAUGGGAUAGAUUCAACGCCACCUUCAACAACGCGCGAACCGCUGAGGAAGCUCUUCAAAACAUUGCUUUACUAUAUGAGACUGAGCAAGGAACUUCUAGCCUAGACUCAUUGAUUAAGCACCGGAAAGCCGAUUGCGAGCGUGCGGAAGAAGACUUUCUCCGCCGCGCAAGACAACUGCACCGCUCAAAUGACUCGAAGGCAAUUGACUACUACCAGAAUUUCAAGCAAGACGUUGUCAAUAACAACAUAGUUGGAGAUCAAAAAGUGCGAGAGGUCAUUUUGAGCUUGUUUCACGACGCAGAGAAGCACUCAGCAACCCUUGUUGAGCCCAUCACUGCAACUGCCGUCAAACAAUACGCCUCUGAGCUGCGAGAAAUCGCCUAUGAGCUGGCGCGUAGAGUGCGCAACGAGAGAUUUAUUCGCACCAUAGAAGAACAUUUACCCCACCUAGAAAAUACUGCCAGCGAGCAGCUAUACCAAUGCAGCGCAUCCGGUUGUUUAGGCGUCAGCAACCUUGAUCAGUUGUUUCUGAUUGCUCAUUGCGGGCACACUGUCUGCCAAAUUUGCCUGCAAACUAACGAGAUCUCCCAAUCAUGCUUGGCACCUCAGUGUGAAAGCCAUGUUCAUUCAGUGAACUUGGUCAAAGUCACCGACUUGAGUUGUCGUCGAGAAACGACAGAAGUGAAGAGCUAUGGAGCCAAGCUGGACGAAAUUGCUCAAACAAUCAACCGCAUACCAGACGAUGAUCAGGUAAUUUUGUUCGUUCCGAAUUCCGAAGCUUCGAAAUAUAUGGAGCGAUUGUUUAAGACCGAGGACAUUUCAUUCUACUCACUAGGUACACGGAAGUCUGCCGCCGCUGGUAUCCUAGAGGAUUUCAAAUCCCACGACACCGAAAAGAAGAGGAAGCUUCUGGUUCUGAAUAUCAUGAAUGAGUUCGCGGCUGGCGCCAACCUAGUCAAUGCGAACCAUAUCAUCUUUGUGGCACCCCUCCUAACCAAGGACCAGUCGACCUACGAUUCAGUCAUGGCCCAAGCAAUCGCGCGCUGCCGUCGUUACAGGCAAACCAAAACUGUACACGUCUACCAUUUCGCGGCGCUGAAAACCAUCGACAUCGAUAUCUUGGAACACCGCCAUAAGCUCUCUAGCCCGCUUCUCCAGUCUGAUGCCGCGUCGGAGAACUGGCCUUGUGCCCCCGGAAAAAAGGGGAAAUCGAAAAUGAUUCGCACAUCGAACGGCGAAGUUGCUCUGGUGCCUCGGUCCUUGAUCAAGAAUGAGAAGCUGUGCAGUGAGAUGGGUGUCACUGGUGAGACUUUCACCAGCUUGAUCGGAUUUUCAAACGCCUUUGAAGUGGAGCACGACGACUGA